AAGCUAAGCCAAGCGGAGCCAGGUGCGAUGGGAAGGCGCGCCAAGUUCCCAAGCGGAUACCAAGCGAGGCGCACGUCUCGACUGAGUAUUCGUACUAGUACACGAGUCUACUAGUAGUACCUUGCUUACACCACGACAAAGUAGUAAAUACAUUAUAGGUUACUCACAACUAUGUUCCGGUUCUCAAUGCGACGAGCUAAACAGUACAUUCGACGGUUCUUCGUGUUUGAUACCUCAGGUACGGAUACUUGCGGGAAGGACGGCGGCGAGGAAGGCGCGCCCGAACCAGCCUCUAGGAUCGGGCAUCCGGGUACGGACUACGGAAUUGUACGACGUGCCUUCCGCCAGUUUGAGAUUGCAGUCCCACCCGUCGACCGUCAGAUCCAUCAUAUUUGCUAUCCCAAAAAGCAAAGCAACUUGCUCCUCUCAGUGGCUUUCAAUGGCUCUAGGACCGGCCAGACAACAUCACAAAAGACGACAAUGAAGCAAGCAGUACCUUGCCUAGAGCCAUCGGAUCGGGACUCGUCACCCGCAACGAGUUAUUUCAAGGAUCCCACUUCCUGCGGAGGGUUUCCCCAGGGUCAGGGGUGUGGGGAAUGGCGAUUGAUUACUCCGCCUGGACAGGCGUUUCGGCAACGACAUGUCUGUCGACAGAAAGGCGCAAACCCCAACUGGUUACGGACCGUAAAACAGCCUAAGGCACCAACUAGCAAAAAGACUCAUUCGCAUUCAUCAUUAUUCAUCCAAUACAAUCCACUCCACACCUCGUGCCCAGAACAAACGCUCGCUGUGGCUUUGGUACUACUGGUUCUUGGUUUUGACUAGUUUCAUGCGUCUUGGUCACAAUUGCCAGUCAAGCAUUCUGCAUGUCACCGUCUUUGCGGCUAAUUCCAUCUCGUGGUCUCCGUCACCGGUGUCGGACAGCCUGAUCGCGACCACCUGCACUUGAAGAGCUUUUUUCUCUUUUCGUUUCCAGAUCCAGGAAAGGUGCGGAUCCACUAA